AAAUCACCAGGUGAUUCAAACCACACAUAGAUGUCAAAGAAAUGAAGAAAAGUGACAUUAGUGAAGAGCAAACAGACUCUUGAUGUGAUGAAUGAUGUUCACAGGUGGCCGAAGACGUUGGCCGGUUUCAUGGCCUUCCUGCCGUGUGCCAAGUCCAGCUCUGGCUCCGCCCCUCAAGUGAAAAGGGCGUGGUCCCGACCUGACUCCGCCCCUCAGGAGAAAAGGGCGUGGCGCAGGUGUGACCACACGGGCCGCUGGGCGGAGCACGACUACAACCAGUGCUCAUACACCAGCCAGUUCACCCGCAGCCUGCAUGAGCUCACACAGCUGUCGGUGAACGUCUCCAGUGCUCUGAUGUUGGCGCAGCAGCUCUCGUCUCUUCAAGCCACCUCAGCGGCGCUGUUUGGAGACGUGAUGGAUGUGAUAUUCGUCACUCAUCUGGUAGAGAGACUCACACGUCUGGUGGAUCACGUCAGAGAGUUGGCCGAUCACGUGUUGGACGUGGCCAGUAACAUGAUGGCGGUGGAGGAACAUGUUCUGUGGAUGGCUCAGAGCGAGGCUCGAGCGUGUACACGGAUCGUCCAGUGUGUGGAGCGGAUCGCAGACCUCACGCUCAGCGCAAACACCACCGGCAUCUCAAAGGUUUCGGUGAACAUCGCUCUGGAGGCUCUGCUGCUUCGGCCGGACGCUCUCAUGGGUUUAUUGUGUACGGUGGAGCAGCGUUUGCCUCUGCUGCCCCCGCUGGCCGACUCUUCACAGCACAACACCCUCCUCAACUUCAGAUGCCACACGCUCAACGUCUCCGGGUCACCUGUGGGUCAGCUCAGCCAGAGCACGGUGGCCAUUCGCCUCCAUACAUUUCCCGCUGGCUACCCGUCGGUCUGUGCAGAACUCCACCUGUAAGCUGCAGCUGAUCGUCUUCCGCAAUGGAAAACUCUUUCCGUGCACGGGGAAUUCGUCAAAUCUUGCGGACGAUGGCAAGCGCAGAAGCGUUUCGACACCAGUUGCGUUC